CUGUAACUCUCCCCUAACCUCCCCGGAUCUUUCCUCUCCACACUCCACGCACACUCCACACUUCCCCCACACUUUUUCGGUCGUGACUUGUGUCCUGAGCCGAGAUACGUAGCCGGCCCGUCUGCCACUCUGUCUUUCGCACCUUCAUAUCCCGAAGCCAAAGCCGUUCGUUGAUUCAUGUUAUGCAACCCACCAAGAUUGUCUCACGCGAUGGAUGUUCAACACUCGCCUCAACCCUCGAUCCUGUCUGGCUCCGGCCUCAAGCGCGACAGCGACGGGGACAACUACCAGUACGGUAGUGGCGACGAGAGUCUCGCCGGAGAUGGAGAUGUUAAUGAAAACGGUGAUGGCCCGCGUAAAGCACAGUGUCGUCCCGUGAGGGUAUCGUGUGAAUUAUGCAAACAGAGAAAGGUCAAAUGCGAUCGCGGACAGCCAUCCUGCCGCUGGUGCAGUCGUAACGGCGCGAGAUGCGAAUACAAGGAGCGGAAGAAGCCUGGGCUUAGAGCUGGCUAUGGACGCGAACUCGAGCAGAGAUUGGACAGGUUGGAGGACAUUCUGCAGACGCAUGCGCGCAUCCUUGAGACAGCACUGGCCCCGCAGCAGGGCAACCAGGGCAAUCAUGUCAACCAGAGCAACCAGGCGGCACUGCACGAUGGACAGAUGCUGGGGAACCACCUUCCGAGGGUAGAAGGCCAACCAUUCAUGCAACAAAAGACUUCGGCAUUCUCUGGAUCUACCCCGCAACAUGCCGACUUUCCCAACUCGCUGUCGCCGCCCACGCCGUCGAUGCAGUCGAUGCAGGGGGAUGCGUAUAUGCAACAACAGCACCAGGCGCAGCAACACCAAGCCCAGCAGCAGCAACAGCAGAUUAUCCAAAAUGGAUCUCAGUCGGCGGCGCAAUUCUACAACACCGCUCAGCCGCCAGUGCAGUCGCCCACCUUGAACAUCUCGGAGAGUAUGACAGAAGUCCCAUCUGAUAGCGACCUGCCGCCAUACGAUCUGCUUUACGCCCUAGUGGAUCUGUUCUUCAAGCAUGUAAAUACAUGGUGUUCGAUGCUGCACCGCCGGUCGACGCUGGACUCCCUCUUUGGGCCAUCACAGUUGGAAGAGGCAGACAGGAUACUCUUACACGCCAUCGUUGCGACGACUUUGAGGUUUUCCAAUGACCCGCGGUUGACAGAUGAGAGGCGCAGCCAUUACCACGACAUCUCUAAGCAGAAAGUUUUACUGUAUGGGCUGGAGAAUUCAUCUGUCAAGGCCCUACAAGCAAUGGUCAUACUCGCCCUGGACCUAGUCGGAGAUAGCAAUGGCCCCCCUGGAUGGAACGUUCUCGGUCUCAUUACGCGGGCAGUCGUUCAACUUGGCCUGGCCGUUGAGACGACCUCCUUCUCAGUAGCGCCUGACUACCAAUCCAUCUACACACUUCGCGCCAUGGUAUUACCAGACGCAAAAGAUUGGAUCGAAGACGAAUCCCGCCGCCGGCUCGUCUGGAUGAUCUACCUCCUCGACCGCUACGCCACCAUCGCCACAGCAUUCGAAUUCGCCCUCGACGAGAAAGAAAUCGACCGCAAGCUCCCUUGCCGCGACGACCUCUGGAACAAAAACGUCCCCGUCGAGACCCGCUGGUUCCACACCCACACCCACGCCGAAUUCAGCCAACCCCCUCCCCCCGAGAACCUCGGCGCCUUCUCCUACUACAUCGAGAUCCUCGGGAUCCUAUCACGCAUCCACCAAUUCCUAAAGAAACCAGUCGACAUCUCCGCCCUCCCCGAUGUCGAGAAGUGGCAGGGCGAGUACCGCGAACUCGAUAACCUGCUCACGUCGUGGAAAUUCGACCUCCCACCGGACUACGGCAGUAUGGCGCGCCUCUUCCAGCCGGGAAGCAGUCGCACAAUCACCUGCGGCUGGGUCAUGCUCCAUGCCACCUACCACACCACCGUAAUCCGCCUCCACUCCUCCGCCGCCUACCCAACGACUCGCUCACCGAUCUUUACACCCUCAUACUCGGCCUCCCAGCGCUGCCACGGCGCGGUAGAGAAUAUAGCCGCCCUCGGCGAAUUCGUCGUCGCCAAUAACAUGCUCCCCAAGCUCGGCCCGCCAUUCGCUUUCACCCUCUGGGUCGCGGCGCGGCUGCUGCUCGUGCAUGGAUCGACGAUUGAGCAUAAGUUGUCCCCGCAGAUCCAGUUCUUCGUCGAUACACUCCACGCUAUGAGCCGGUACUGGAAGGUCGCUGGGCGCUACUCGACCAUUCUUCAGCGAGUACUGGAUGAACACUCCGACUCCGAGACUUCCGCUGCUGCCAAUGGGGAGGAGCGGGUUACCCCUUCUAGCGUCAAGAUACUAGCUGAUAUGAGACGCUGCGCAUAUGAUCUCGAUUUCCUCAUCUCCCGCCAACCGCGCCAUAUCGGUGCGCUGGGCCGACUAGGGGGGCAGGGACAGCCGAAUCGGACGCCCGCGCAGAAUGAGUUGGAGUAUUUGGAUGUUUUUGAUUUCUUUAAUGUGCCCAGGUUGCGGCCUGCCGUGGUGGGCGGGGAGGGGUUGGGUGGCACGGGGGGAAGGGGGGGGGAGGCGGGGAUGCAGGUUGAGGGGGAGCUUGGGGCGGCGGGGGCGAAUGGGAAUGGGAAUGGGAAUGGGGGGGAGUUUAAUAUUACGAAUUUUAUGGUGGAUGCGAAUUCGGAUUGGUUGUUUAAGAAUUAG